UAUCGAAUACCUGAUUAACGAUUUCCUUCCUAAGCUCGAUCUCUCUGGAUACUCUCAGAAACCACACACCAGCGCAAGAAAAGCGAAAAGCUCUAGCUUCUUCUGAAACCCUGCUUUUUCAACUUUUCACUGGAGGAACGAUAGACUACGAUCACCAUCUUCGAUGGGCAUGUCUUCGGAGACUACUAUUACGAGAUUCCUAAAAUCUCAAAUGCAGAAUAACAUCUUUGUUGCUUGAUUGUUGCUCUGUGCUGUGACGUACCAUUGCGUAGAUUCUGUGAAUAGAAUAUUUCAAAUAAAAGUUGCUGAUAUGGCUUAUUUCUCGUUGAAUUCUUCCAGGAAGAGGAAGUCGCGGAGUGAACAAGGAGGUUUGUCCGUGGCUGAGACACUUGCCAAGUGGAAAGAGAAGAACGCCCAGCUUGACUCCCGCAAUGAUAAAUCCAUUCGUAAAGCUCCUGCCAUUGGGUCAAAGAAGGGAUGCAUGAAAGGAAAGGGAGGGCCAGAGAACUCAGUAUGUAAUUACAGAGGUGUUAGGCAGAGGACAUGGGGUAAGUGGGUUGCAGAAAUUCGGCAGCCAAACAAGGGACAAAGGCUUUGGCUUGGUACUUUUUCAAGUGCGGUUGAAGCUGCAUGCGCUUAUGAUGAAGCUGCAAGGACAAUGUACGGUUCUUGUGCCCGCCUCAAUUUUCCUGAUUGUUCUUCAGCCACCACUUCACCUGGCGUUUGUUCGGUAGCAACUCAGUCAGGACUUGAUUCUACAAUUACAGGAAAUUCUGAGGUCCCUGUAGUCGAGGAUAUAGAUGUGAAGCCUGUUUCCUCCAAUUUGCAUGGGGAAGUUGAAUCGAGAAUUUCUACUCGGCAUGCUGCAGUAACUGCCAUUCCAAAUAGAACUACACUGGCGAAAGCAAAUGAUGAGCUCUGUGACACCCAAAAGGAAUCUACUGGCAUUACAAGCUGUUGUGGUGAUGACGGACUGAAUUACUCUAUGAAACCAGAAGGAAAGGAUGAGCACCGUGGCACCAAACAGGAAGCUUACUGUUAUGGGGAUCCUGGGCAGGAUUAUUCUAUGGAUGAGAUGUGUGAUUUGGAUGAACUUUUGGGGCUCUUAGACAAUAGUCCAGCUUUCAUCAACAUUGAAGCGAUACUGGGUUUGGAUUGUGAUGCUGGCCAACUAGGGUUCCCAACAGCAACCUGCGAAAGCAGUCAAAGUGCGAAGCUGGCAGAUCUGUCAUACCAGUUGUAGAAUUUAGAUGCCAAGUUGCUAGGGAGUCUGUAUUAUGUGUAGAAAACUCCCAAGAGUUGUCUGAAUACUUGAAAUCAGAUAAGGCAGGGUCGUCGGGUUUUCAGAUUUUGAAGGAGAUAAAGAUUUGUUUGAUAUGCAAGACUUGUAUUCUUUAAUAUUGCUAACUAGACUUGUAUUCUUUAAUAUUGCUAACUAUGCUGAUUCUCUAAGGGUUUUAGAUUGGGGAAUUUAGGCUUUUCUUUUAACAGUUGUAACUUCUUUCACUUGUGAAAACACACAAUCAAAUAGAAGGACAAAGUUUUGGUUGUA